AUGAGAGAGGAGGUUUCGUGCACCAAGUCCCCGGAGGGAGGCAUGGGCGCGGGGGAAGAGGAGCUGGACCGCGGGUGCAAGAAGCAGCAAGGCGGUCGUAAACGUUCCCCAAACCCAAAGAAAGAAGCCGCGGAGGAGAGGAACCACUCGCCCACCCCCAUGCCCAAUAAACGAACCAAGAAGAGCCCACCGUGUUCCGUGACCCUGAGCCCCGGGAUCACGGCUCUGUCUACGCGCCCAGGAGUGGAGAGCUUCGAGGACCUGCACUCCCAGCGCGUCAUCGCCAACGUGCGCGAACGCCAGCGCACGCAAAGCCUCAACGACGCCUUCGCCUCUCUGCGGAAGAUCAUCCCCACGCUGCCCUCCGACAAGCUCAGCAAGAUCCAGAUCCUCAAGCUGGCCUCGCGCUACAUCGACUUCCUCUACCAGGUCCUGCAGAGCGACGAGAUGGACGCCAAGCUCGCCUCCUGCAACUACCUGGCGCACGAGAGGCUCAGCUACGCCUUCUCCGUGUGGAGGAUGGAGGGCGCCUGGGCCAUGUCCGCCAGCCACUGA